CUUAGAUGAUAUGGCCUUUACCGAACUUUUGUCAAGUUUAUCAACAAAUCCAUAUUUUGGUGCUGGCUUCGGUUUGUUUGGAAUCGGCGCAAGUGCUGCAAUAUUAAGGAAAGGCCUUCAAGGGGGAAUAAUACUCUUUCGUCGACAUUUGAUGAUAACUUUAGAAGUUCCCUGCAGAGAUAAAUCAUAUCAGUGGCUAUUAAAAUGGAUAACAAUUAAAGGAGCCCGCAAAACGCAGCAUUUAAGUGUAGAAACAAACUUUAUCCAAAACGAUAAUGGCAAAAUACUAACCAGCUAUGAUUUUAUACCAAGUAUUGGAAAACAUAUAUUUAAAUACAAAGGAAAUUGGAUUCAAGUGGAGCGGACUAGAGAGCAGCAAACAUUAGACUUGCACAUGGGAGUGCCCUGGGAAUCGGUGACAUUAACAGCAUUUGGAAGCAAUAAACAAAUUUAUUCUGAUAUCUUGGAUGAAGCCCGUUAUUUGGCUUUAGAAGCAACCGAUGGUAAAACUGUUCUGUAUACGGCUAUGGGCGCAGAGUGGAGGCCGUUUGGUCAUCCUCGACGACGUCGUCCUACAGGCUCAGUAGUAUUAGAUCGUGGAGUUUCUAAAAAGAUUAUUGACGAUUGCAAUGACUUUAUUAAAAGUUCUAUGUGGUAUACUCAACGUGGGAUUCCCUAUCGACGUGGAUACUUACUUUAUGGACCCCCAGGUUGCGGAAAAUCGAGUUUCAUAACUGCUUUGGCAGGAGAAUUAGAAUAUAGCGUUUGUUUGCUGAAUUUAUCGGAAAGAGGCCUUACCGAUGAUCGACUUAACCAUCUUAUGAAUGUAGCACCAGAACAAUCCAUAAUUUUGCUUGAAGAUAUUGAUGCUGCAUUCGCUUCCCGGGAGACAACAUUGCAACAAAAGUCUGCAUACGAUGGCAUUAACCGAAUAACAUUUAGUGGAUUGUUAAACUGUUUGGAUGGGGUUGGUUCUACCGAAGCUAGAAUUGUUUUUAUGACAACUAAUUAUUUAGAUCGCUUAGAUCCCGCAUUAAUACGGCCUGGCAGAAUUGAUGUAAAGGAAUUUAUAGGCCAUUGUACUCAAUAUCAACUAGAAGAAAUGUUUAAAAACUUUUUCGAGAACGCUGAAGCCUUAAGCUCUGUAGAAUUUGCGCAGCGUGUUAAAGCUUUUUGCCGUCCCGUAAGUCCAGCUCAGAUUCAAGGUUUUUUUAUGAAACAUAAAUUAUCUUCGCCAGAAACUGUUAUUAAUUGUGUUGAAGAUAUUUGGGAGAAUUCUGUAAACAUUAAUAAAUAAACUCAUUUUUGUAACGACAA